CAAUUCCAAGCUUUGAAGAGAAGCUGGCACCGGUGGUUUUGUGUGCUGUGCUAAGAGUGUUGCUGCAGGCAGCUGAGCAGACGGCAUGGGAAAGCUGGAAAGCCACGACACGAAUGCAGUGACCUAUGAUGAUGUACAUGUCGACUUCACCUGGGAAGAAUGGGCUUUGCUGGAUCCUUCCCAGAAGAGUCUCUACAAAGAUGUAAUGCUGGAGACCUACAGAAACCUCACUACUAUAGGAUACAGUUGGGAAGACCAUAAUAUUGAAGAACUUUGUCAAAGUUCUAGAAGACAUGAAAGGUAA